CCCACCCGCAAACAGAGCAUUAAGCCAGUAAAACACUCGGCUACUCGGCUUCACUCGUUCUCUCGUUUAUAAUUUUUAUAUUAUUUGAUUGCAAAUUGCAACUUGCCAGUUUGAGCUUUAAGUUUAAAUCUUGAGAUGUAAAAUUGAGUGCUUACUUUUUCUGUUUAUGUUUACUGUUACUAACCCCAUAUCCAUACUUUCGUGGUCGGAUGGAUUGCUCGAUAAUCCUAGAAAAAUGUAACGUUUUUGGAUUUUAGUGUUUCAUUCACCUACAUUAUACAAUCAUCAAUGUAAACAAAACAACAUUUAAAUUCUACGUACGUGCAACAGGGCCUGAGAAUUACACUUGGACACCAGUGGCGGCACCGGUUUUUGGAGUGGACAGCCAGCAAAAGCACCAAUAAUGACACCAGUGAAAACAUAGUGGAGCGGCAAGGAUAGCUAGGUUCGAAGCGUACGGUACAUCUCAAUCUUGAGUUUAGAAUGGAGCAAAAAGAGAACAACUGUGGCAGUGAGCCUGGAAGCCGCAGUGAAGAUGCGAAUGAGCCGAAUGUGGACAGCAGCGAUGAAUCGAGUGGUGAGACAGUGGUCAACUUGAGUUUGGCAUCCUACUGGCUGCUGGCUGCUAUAAGAGUGGCGCUCACUCUGCUUCCUCAGACUGGUUACGUCCAUCCAGAUGAAUUUUUCCAGUCAAUAGAAGUAGUUGCUGGUAGUUCGCUGGGUGUGGAGUCGAAUGCACCAUGGGAGUUCAACUCAACUUUCCCGGUCCGCAGCAUCACCUCUCCAUUCCUGGUUGUCGGCGUGCCACUCAUCCUCUUGAGGACCAUCUCCAUAUUCCACAUGUUUUGGUUCGGAUAUGGAUUUGUAACUCCUUACACUGUGCUUGUCUUACCUCGACUCGUCUGUUGUCUGCUCUCGUUUCUAACCGAUUACAGUCUGUACAGGAUAUGCUGUUUAUACAAUCAGAACUACAGAACUCGACUAUUGACUUUGGCCAGCUCGUAUGUGGUUUUGGUCUAUGGCACACGGACAUUCUCCAACUCUAUUGAAAUGGCACUGGUUUCUGUUCUCAUAUACUUGGUGGCUGAUUGCAUGUUCCAUUCUGACUCGGUGAUAUCAAAAGACGAGUUUUUGAGAGAUCGGUACACAGCAGCUGACAAUUGGAGAGACCGAAUUAGAAUUCACAAAGUGCGCAUGUCUUUGCCGGGACAUUCGAUGAGCAAAUGCAUGCUGAUUGCGUCGGUGACAGUGCUGGGCGUGUUCAACCGGCCGACAUUCUUGGCGUUCGCGUGUGCGCCGAUAUUCUUCUGGCUGCACCGCGGUCUCGGCUCCAAGUACGUCGGCUUCACCGAGUUCAACCAGCGCUGCAUGGCGCUCGCCGUUGCCGCCGUCCCGGCCUCCGCCCUCCUCAUCGCCACCGACUCCAUCUACUUCGGCUACUUGACUCUGGCUGAGAUCCUCAACCAAGACGUCAAGCUCGACAGAAAUUUCGUUGUCACGCCUUAUAACUUUGUGAGGUACAACAUGAAAACGGAAAAUCUAGCUGAACACGGACUGCACAGCAACUACACUCACCUGCUGGUCAACAUUCCUUUGCUCUACAAUGUACUUGGAAUAGCUGGCAUCGAAUCGUUUGUCUUCAUUUUCGUCAAGAUUAUGUCAAAAAAGUGGAGUGACCUGCCUAGAAUCCAAAGCCUCAUUGGCCUGAUGAUUCUCUCAAUUUUCUUUCCCGUCUUCAUCCUGUCUCUAUUCCCUCACCAAGAGCCGCGAUUCCUGAUUCCAUGCACUAUGGCAAUGGUAUUUCUACACUCACAAAAGAUUCGCAACGUCUACGACCCAGCGAACUUCAUCCAGAAAGAAGAGAACGGCUCCAAAGUGUUCCUCAAGAAGGACGUCAAACUGAACAUCAAAGACUGGAUUCUCUCUGUAUGGUAUCUGAUCAACAUAGUGUGUGUGAUCUUCUACGGGUUCCUGCAUCAAGCCGGAAUGUAUCCACUCGUAAAGCAUUUGGCCAAUGAGAUGCAAACAAAGUCGAGACUUACAUCGGUGCAUCUUGUCACAAGUCACAUCUACUCACUUCCCCUAUCGACUCUGCUCAUCAGGGACCAUUCCAGGCAAUUGACUACUAAAGAAGGACUCAGGUACAAACAAGCCAAAGAUUUCUUCUUAUAUGAAGAAGGCUCUUCGCAAAAUAUGAGUGUGGUUGCUGCAAACAUCAAAACUCUACUAGACGAAUGCGAUCGAAGGUGGGUAGAGAAAAGACUCAAAUACAAAAUUCUCUUCGCUUUGCCAUCAAGUUUGACGGAAGAUUUCCAGGUGGCAGCCUUCAAGCUCAAUCUGAGUCAUUCAAUUGAAGAAGUGUUCUAUCCACACAUAUCGACUGAAGCGCUGCCCAAUCUGCGGGUUGACGCUUUCAAGGAAUGUCGCAUGAAGCUCUCGUCGGUCGAUUCACGGUUUGUCGACUGGGGCGAGUGCAACAAGGAUGGGCAACGGGAGCGAGAGCGCGACUUCACCUGGGACAUGCCGUUGCGAUACUUUUCAAAUCUGGUUCAUCAAAUUGGACUAACGUUGUUCCGCAUUGAAAAAAGGUGAAUCAUGCUAGAUGUACAGAUGGAUCAGUCUUAUUCUAUUAUUCCAAGUCCAUUACAAGGAAGAGCUCACCUCGGUACGUAAUAUAUGCUAUAGUUUAAUCAAAAAUGUUGCUCUUAUAUACUAUCGUUUGAUCAGAUGCGACUAUUCCAAACUACUACCUUCCAACCAAAUAUAAUCAGGAAAAUAGAGUAAGAGUUUGAUAAUAUAAUAGAAUGACUGCCUUUAUUUUUCCUAGAGAGCGUAGUUAGAGCGCAGUCGGCCCUCUCUUAUACUUAACUCUCUAAUGUGUAAUAUGUAUAUAAUGUGUUUAUAUAUUUGUUCCAUAUACUAGUCAAAAUUUCAAAUGUUAUUUUAUUUUAGAAUAAGUCUCAGUAGCAGAAAAAUAGAUUGAUCUCUUUGUGAAUUUAAAUCUGUUUUUACUACUUUCACACUGUUUUGGGAAUAUUAUGCAUGUAAUACAAUAAUAUUGGAGGUGAUGAUUUGCAAUAUAAGUUGAGCUAGUAACGAGUAAGUGUAACCCGUGCUCCGAAAAGUUCUGUUGAAAGCACAAAUAGAAUGAAUUUAGUUUUAUAGUUCCAGUCUGAAAUUGGAAGUAUUAAAAACUGUAAUACUUCACAACUGAAUCGAAAAACUAUUUGAUCGGACUUUUAUCUUACGUAAACUUUGAAUUACAAAUUGAAUAAAUUUGUUCUAAUUAUUAAAAUUAUAAAUCAUUAAUUGAAAUUAAAAUAGGCAUAUAUUGGUAAUUUGAAAGACUAUACAAAAUUUCAAGUUAAUCAGUUUAGUAGUUCAACUGUGAUGAUUUAUCCCAUACGUGUAUAACAUUUCCUUUCUUUGUAUUUAGUAUAGAUUAUAUUUUAAUUACUUCUGAUGAUUUUCUGACAUGUAAUAAUUAAUAGGCCUAUUAUACAUUAUAUUUGUGUUUAGAAGUGACCGAGUAAGGAACAUGUAACUUAAGGAUGACAGUUGGAGUAAGUCAAAAUUAUUGUCUUAAAAAACUAACACGAAAUUAAAACUAAUAAACUGUUAUACCGAUUCUAUUGUCGCAGGCCUUAUUACAACCGUAGUUUCUACGAAAAAAAUGGGUUGUGUAAUAAAAGUAGUGCCUUUACUAUUAUAUACUUGUUAAAAUAUUCUGUGUUACUUAAGCAAUGUAUAAAACAGAAGCUGAUAUUAGGUUACUUAUAUAGGUAGCUGAUAUAUUACAUUUGGCACUAGGCUAUGUUUCUCAUAUCAGUUUUUCAAAUUGAAAGCGGAAUUGAUUUUUUUUGAGUUAACUAAUGUCUCCAUGGUGCAUCUAUGAAAUAGAAUUGUUUAUCAAAUUGCAGAUACAACUUGUUGAAUAAUAAUGGUUCGAUCUCAUUAAAAUCCAGAAGCAAUAAAAUAGCAAUCUUAAUCCAGAUUGAGAAGAUAUUAUGAAUUGCGCAAGUAGUGAAACUGAAUAAGUAAUUUGAAUACUGUUUUACAAUUAACAGUAAACAAAAUAAAUAAUAAAAUAAUACCAUAGUAUUUUUAUUAUAAGAGAGGACUAGUUUUUAGAAACUUGAUCUCAUUAUAUAAUAUGUAGUAUGUAUUAUAUUCUAUAUUAUUAUUUUGUAAUGUAUUUUUGGGAAGUAGUAUCACCUUUUUAUUCUAUAACGUCACGAAUUCUAUUAUUGUUUAAUUGUAUAAUGCUUACAAAAAUUGUCCAAUUUUCCUUCACUUAUAAUAAAUUAUUCAAUGAAGUAGUUUAUAAGGCCAGAUGUCUCGCUACAAAAACAUUGGUCUCUUUUUUAGACUCAUUUUGUACAACAAUUUUACCAUAAGUUAUUGAAAAUUCUUUAAGAUGUUUUUAUAAUAAUUGAAAUUGGUUUAUCGUGCUCUAUCUUUAUCUUAAAACAUGAAAUUCAAAAAUUAAAAUAAAUUUCAUAUUUAUUUUAUAAUAAUGUAAAGUGUAUGCCAAUUCAUUAUUACUGUAUAUUUUAUUCAAAGAUAUAAGGUUUUUUAAUUCAAUAGUAUUCUUGACUACAAAUGAAUUUUAUUAUAUUCUACAAGAAAUCUGGUAAUUGAUCAGCUUUUUUUCUCACAAGUGGAAGUGAGUUUUCCCAAAUUCUCUCUCAUUUAAAAACCUGCAAUAUUAAAUAAUUGAAUGAAAAAAACGUUUGACUAGUAUCAAGUUUCUUACUUGUAAUAAAUCUAAUGAACUCCAAAGUAUUGUGAUUUAUGCCAGUUAAAUUUGAAAUUGGAAGAAAGAAAUAGAUAAUAUGGGAUGGCUUGAAAACAUCGGAAAGUAAAUGAAUGAGGGCAUGUGGGUCAUCAAAUAUCUGUCAGAGAAGAGAGUGAGGAGCUGAAAUGCAUUUCGGACAGAGUGGAGGAGGAAAGCGAUUAAGGGCAAGACAUGUUGUCGUCUUCAAAGUACAGUUCCAAACAAAUUUCCUACUACUCGCAUAAACCAUAAAUAUUGUUAACCCAGUUGGAAAGUUUAUUGUCUUCUGGCAGGGAAGAAACGACAUUAUAUCUAAUAAGACAUCUAUUUAAGUGGUAUCCAUAGAAACAGUCCAUUCUGAUUAUCUCUGCUCCUAUCAGUAUUAUGAUUUGUAGACAGCAGACAAUGCCAGUCUUCCUCUAUCUCUAUAUUCCACCGGUGACAUUCAUGAUCCAGCAUUUUGGGUGGAUGUAGCCUAAGCCUAUUGUUCUCAGUUAUUUCUUUCUCAGUUGAUCAUGACAAAAUAGAUCAAGUAAGUUCAAUAGAAGAACAUAUUAAUAUUCCUUACAUUUCACUAAUAUUUAAAAUGUAUUCUAUUACUGUACAAUACAAUUUUAAUGCUCUUUAUAUGGUGACUAAGCAAAAAGUAAUUUCUGCAAGAACAAAAAUUUCUAGUGGAGAUACCAAAAGAUAUUGAGUGCUUUUGAUGUUAUUGCUUUUACUAAAAUUUUAUUUAAAAAUAAAUUAAUUGGAGAGGUGCAAGUAUUCUGU